AUGUACGCAAUGGCAAACUCUUACCUUCGGAUGUACAGCGCUCAUCUUCCUGGGGAAUACAAGUCGAAGAAGUCGAAGUUGCUGGGCAAAGAGUGGUCUCGUUCCGCUGGUCGAAAAAAGCUAUAUUUCAUUACUGGGAAGGCACGUGAGGCAUCGAGAGACUGGGAGGUUGCAUUCCCAACGAGUCCAGCUGACAAUCCUAAAGUGGGAUACUUGCUUCAUGUGACGCGGCUUCCUGCGGUGGCAUGCAAAUCGGGUUUGGUCUUCCUGCUCUCGAUGUCAGGCUCACCGUCAGCGUUUACCACGUUAUCCGGUUUUAUCUUCUAUGAGCCGCCCUCUGUGUCGCCGCUUCGGGCACCCGCGUUGGCCAGUUGUGGACGGUCUCGAGAGUGCUCGGGUAUUGGAUCGAGGCACAUGCGUAUCCCCAACUUGGCUGAAGUUCGUUUAGAGACCUUCAACGACGAUCUACGGUUUUACGAAACAUGUGAACCACAUUCGGACACGACGUCAAGGUCUAGGACACAGUUUAGGGACCUGGGACCUGUGACUGGCGAAUUUUUGUCGCAGACCUCCAGCCUGUUCCAGUCAUGGAGACCCAACGGCAUUGUAUACAACGUCGGACAGAAAAUCAUGGAAAUCCUAUCUGUAGAAGUUCGUCGUCAGCUGCUGCGCCUCCAGAAACUGCACGACGUCAGCAAAUUGAAGGAGUAG